UCCUGGGAGGCCAAGUGGGUGGGUGUUAUGCCCACGUGCUGCGGGGCACUGGAUAAGGAGUUGGUCAGCGGGUGUCGUGAAGGAAGUGCUGGGCCUGCCCUUGAUUUGGGUUCCCUGUGGAGAGAAAAAGCUGAGCUGUGGGGAAUCCAGGCAGGGGGAGCCUUCCCCUCAUACUUCAUUCACCAGUGCAGAGGCCUCAACCGUGGAGUGGGGAGCCAGGGAGUGGCUUCUCUGCCUGGAGGAAUGGAACCACCUGCCCUAUGGGCUCUGCUCUGUCUCUGUCCCUCCCAGGCUCUGGGCCAGGAGGGAGGUGUCUGUCCAGAAGCCAAGAUCACUGAUCUGGGGGCCAAGGACAAGGGAGCUGUCAUUCAAAGUUGCCCUGGCAUUCCUGGCCUACAGGGGUCUAAAGGGGAGGCUGGCAGCCCUGGUGGGAGAGGAGAGUGGGGCCCCCAGGGCAGCCUGGGAAAGAUGGGGCCUCCUGGCAGCAAAGGAGAGCCAGGAACCAGGGGGCCCCCAGGAGUCAAAAGAGAGAAAGGGGACGAAGGGCCUGCGUCAUCACUGGGUGAGAAGGAGCUGGGGGAAACUCUGUCCCAGAGAGGGCCUUGGAGCUACAAGGACGUGCUGACACAUGGGGCCUUCCUGACUGGCUGGUAUACCAUCCACCUCCCCAACUGCCAGCCGCUGACUGUGCUCUGUGACAUGGACACUGACGGCAGGGGCUGGACUGUAAGUAGGAAACUAUGAAUAGAUGGGUCCGUGGAUUUCUUUCGAGAUUGGGAAGCUUAUAAAAGACGCUUUGGCAACGUAGGCACAGAGUUCUGACUGGGCAAUGACUACCUAAACCUACUCACAGCCAAUGGGAACCAGGAGCUCUGGAUCGACCUGCAAGAUUUCCAAGAUGAAAUCUCUUAUGGCAAGUACAGGUCAUUCCAGGUGUCUGGAGAACAGGAGAAAUACAAGCUGAUUCUGAGCCAGUUUCUCGGGGGCACUGCAGGAGACUCCCUGACAAGGCAUGGGGACAUGCCAUUCACAACCAAGGACCAAGACAAUGACAAAACAUUGAGGAAUUGUGCACCUUUGUUCCAUGGGGCCUGGUGGUAUUAAGUUUAUCACCAGUCCAACCUCAAUGGACGCUACGUGCCUGGCCCCCAUGAGACCUAUGCAAAUGGUAUCAAUUGGCUAAGUGGCCGAGGCCACCACUACUCCUACAAGGUCACUGAGAUGAAGAUCCGGAAAACCUAGGCUGAAGAAGGCCAGCAGCUGGCCCCUAGCCCCGUCCCUGCAGCCGUGCUCGAAGCAGAUGUAUAUACGGAGGGAAGAUGAAAACCGUGUUAUCUGCCGUGUGCCGCCUAUGCAUCCUCUUGGACACUGUUCGGCACAUGGCAGUGUGCACUAAUAAAGAUCAAAGAAACAGAA